UUCUGGACGCUGUGAUUGGAGGCCCAGAGGAGCAUCACGUGGUUUGGGCCACUGACAGAACACUUACGCACCCUUGGAGCCGGGUGCGCACGUGGGUGACGCUCAGGGCCAACCCUCUUCGAGGUUCCUUUUGUUGGCGCAUCAAACUUAAGCACCUUUGGACAUCCCGAGGGGUUAGAAGAGAAUCAGCCAUCAUCAUCAUCGUCAUCACCACCAGGGAGCCGGAACCCAUCGCCGCGCAGCGCAGUCAUGUCCAGGUCUUUCUACGUCGACUCCUUAAUAAUUAAGGAUACGGUGCGACCUGGACCGGCCGAGCAUCCAGACUUCCUGAUCCCAAUCAGCAUGCACUCCCCGAGCGUGAUGACGGUCACAGCGCCGGUGUGCCCGUCCCGAAAGACCGGCACUUUCUGCGUGUGCCCGCUGUGCGUCACAUCCCACAUCCACACGUCCCGCAGCGGAAUUCCCAUGCUGAAGAGUCAGUUCCCUGGAGCAGAGGCGCAGUACUGUCAGAGGCUGGCACAUCAGCAGUCCCCCGCGCUCGCGCAUCCUGGACAUGCACCUGUCUGCACCCCCACCUUCAGCGUCACAGAUCCCAGGAGAUACCACUGUCUGUCUAUGGGUUCCUCUGAGAACAGCCACACUCAGAAUGGCAAAAGGAUGCGCACGGCUUUCACGAGCACGCAACUCCUGGAGCUCGAAAGGGAGUUUUCAACAAACAUGUACCUUUCCAGACUGAGGAGAAUCGAAAUCGCCACGUAUCUGAAUCUGUCCGAAAAGCAGGUGAAAAUCUGGUUUCAAAACCGCAGAGUGAAGCACAAGAAGGAGGGCAAAGCCACCCAAAGGAGCGCGCACAGCGGGUGCAAAUGCGCAGUCGCUCACACGGACUAUUCCCGGUCGGAGGAUGAGGAAUCUUUAUCUCCGGCCUCCGCUUCGGAGGAGAAAGAGGUGUCUCCUCUCUGAGACCCCGCGGUGGAAUUUACCUCUGCCCUGCAUGCUGCAGUUAUCGAACUCUGAACUAAAAAAGUCCUGCAUGAAGUCGAUAAGAGGUGCUGACUCGCACUUGCCAUUGAAUAGCAGCUCUUGACAUGUAAACACCUGUAAGAGACUGAGCGCAUGCGUGGUUCGUUUCACCUGCACUCCACCUGACCCUCACUUCCAGUAGAAAUUCCACAGUGAGUGAAGUUUGUGUUGUAAAAAGGAAAAAAGUCUAAACGUGCGAGUGUAGCUUGUAGAGCUUGCACGCAGGGAUUUGUACAUGCAUACCUGUAUUUAUUGCAAUAAACAUGAGCAGCUGGAGUAAGAGUGUCUGUUUGAUGAGUUCAUGACAGCAAAAAUAAUACAUAUAAAAAAAAAAA